AUUCAGAAUCUGAUUUCGGAAGUACAGUAGAAUUACAUUUUGUCCAUUGCAGUCAAACUUUGUGGUAUCUGCGUAGUCUGCGUUAUCAGUAGUGGCGCGGUAAUUAUUAUCAUUUGAAAAGUUUUGAUUUUUUUUUUCACUUAAAAUGAGUGAUAUAAUUACAGCUAUAGCUCCAGUUAACAUAGCAAUGAUAAAAUAUUGGGGAAAGCGUGAUGAGAAGUUAAUAUUACCGUUAAACGAUUCCGUUAGUGCUACUUUAGAUACAAGUGUUAUGUGCGCUAAAACUUCUGUAUGCGCUCGUCCAGAUAUCUUAGAAAAUGAAAUAUGGCUAAAUGGAAUUCAGACUUCGUUUUCCAACCAACGAUUACAAAAUUGCCUCAAUUCAAUAAAAGCAAUAGCACGCGAGCAACAAAGUGUAAAUGAAGAAUUUUUAUCAUGGAAUGUUCGUAUUUGCUCCGUGAACAAUUUCCCAACUGCUGCCGGUUUAGCGUCUUCAGCUGCAGGGUAUGCUUGUUUAGUAACGGCAUUAGCAAGAUUAUAUAAAGUAAAAACUGAUGUCAGCAAAAUUGCCCGAGUGGGAUCUGGCAGUGCCUGCAGAAGUGUGUAUGGUGGAUUCGUGAGGUGGCAUGCAGGUGUUCAAGCCGACGGAAGUGAUUCGAUAGCGACUCAAAUUGCUGAUUCCUCACAUUGGCAAGAAAUGAGAGUUAUAAUACUUGUAGUAGCCGAUACAAAGAAGCAUAUAAGUUCAGUAAAAGGAAUGAGUUGUGCCGUGGAGACAUCAGAACUGCUUAAAUACAGGGUUCAAGUGUGUGCACCUACACGGGUUAAACAAAUAUGUGAAGCUAUUAAAGACAAAGAUUUCUCCACAUUCGCAGAAAUAACUAUGAAAGACAGUAAUCAAUUUCAUGCUGUGUGCCUUGAUUCAUACCCACCUUGUGUUUACAUGACUGAUGUUUCCCAUAAAAUAGUUGAAGUAAUACAUAAAUAUAAUGAAAUUUGUGGAGCAGUCAAAGUUGCUUACACUUUUGAUGCAGGGCCAAAUGCAUGUUUAUAUCUUUUAGAGAAGGAUGUUCCCGAAGUCCUUUCUUUGAUAAAGCAUAUAUUUCCUACUACUUCUGAUGAUUUUAUCAAAGGUUUAGAUGCUCCUACAACACAUAUAGAUUUGGUUAAGGAAUUUCCAAUGAACCCUCUUGAACCAAAUUUACUGAAAUACUUAAUUUAUACAAAACUUGGUGAUGGUCCUCAGGUUAUAACUGAUGAGUCUCAUCUUUUAAAUGCCCAAGGAAAUCUACUUUAAGACAAUGAACCACCACUCCAAACAAUUUUUUAAGUGAUUAGAUAUCAAGACCAUUUUUAAAUUUGACAGGCUUCAUUAAGAAUAUAAUAUGAAUGUUAAACUAUGAUUUACUAUACUUUAAGUUAUUUGUAGCAAAUUUUACUUUUCACUUAGACUAAGUUUAAUCUAUAUGUAUUAUAAAUUGUAAUGCAAUAUAUAUAUUGUUUCUAUAUAUAGGAACAAUAUUGAAUUUACAUGAUUUUGAUACUUUUUACACAGUAGUUCAAAUUUAUUUAAAAUAAUAAGACCUUAAAAUAUAUUUAUAAUGUUUUUUAAGUUGCUUAAAAGUGAUGUCAAGUAUUAAUAUUUUUUUGUAUACAAUUUAAGAGGCAAUAUUGUCACAAGAGUCCAAUCUGUAUUCUUCAAUUGAUUAAAAUCUAAGAAUUAUUUAAUACUAAGUUUGCAAAACACCAGUACCAGGAACUGGUCUUUUUGAAUGGGUAAGAUCUGAUUUGUUUUUAUAUAUUGGUGAUGGAAUUUGACUUAUAUAUGUCAUGACAAUAACUAUUAGAAUUUGAAUUGUAUCAGUAUUAUUCAUAUUUAAAUCAAGGUGUAGGUUGAAUUUGCAUUAAGUUAACUCGAUCCCACUUAACAUAUCUAAAGGAUGGAGUGUGAAAUAAAGAUUUAUUA